AUGUUUGCAUUGAAUAAUUUUGAACUGUACAGGGACAACUUAUCUGGUCUUCACACCGACUACAAAUACCGAUAUGCAUUGCCAUUCGAAAAGGUGCUUGAUCCAGUUGAGAAAACGAUAUACUUCCAAAAAAAUUGGAGUCAAACGAUCACUGUUUCCAUAGGUUAUUUCUUCGUAGUCAAGCUGAUCCAAUAUUUCAUGAAAUAUCGGUCUGCCUUUAAUCUACGCUGGCCUUUAUUCACUUGGAAUCUUUCACUGGCCCUCUUCAACAUUCUCGGUUUCAUUCGAUUUGCUGAAGAUAUGAUCCACACACUACUAUACCAAGGAAUCUAUCCAUCCUUGUGCUAUUCGGUAAAUCCCACUGAUGUCGCGGCUUACUGGUCUUAUUUAUUUUUCUUGUCAAAAAUCGUGGAGCUCGGUGAUACUCUAUUUAUUGUCCUCAGAAAGAAACGUCUCAUUUUUUUGCACUAUUACCAUCAUACUUCAGUACUUAUUUAUUCCGCCCAUUCGGGUGCCGAAAAUACGGGCUCCGGAAAAGCAUUUAUAAUGAUGAAUUUUCUGGCGCAUUCCGCCAUGUAUACAUACUUUGCAGUUGCAUCGUAUGGAAUACGACUGCCCAAAACAGUAUCUAUGAUACUAACUACAAUCCAGACAGUCCAGAUGUUCGCAGGAAUCACCGUCCUGGCUUAUGUUUAUAAAAUCAAAACUGGAACUAAUUUGCCGUGCCAACAAUCAAUACAAAAUCUUCUUUUCGGUACUCUGCUUUAUGUCACUUUUGCGGUACUUUUUAUCCAGUAUUUCAUCUCCAAUUAUUUCCGCAAAUCGGAUAAAAAGAUGAAGUAA